AGCUUAAUGUUUGUUGAAGAGCAUACAUUUCUCAAGGGUGCCCCACUGUAUAAAGGAAAGCCCAGUGUGAAGAAUUUGCACAGCUCGUACCAAAAUUCACUUUUCCAUAUUAGUUCCCAUUCAACACCAUGUCGAAUUUCUACCUGUGUUUGCUUCUUCUGGGGAUCUGUGGUUUUGCAUACAAUCACCAUGUCCCUGGCCAUCAUGGAAAAGAUGCCGAUCACCACCAUCAUCCAACUGAAGCUCCUGAAUAUUUGUCUUAUCAAAAGAUCUCCAGAAGCAAUGCCAACUUUGCUUUUAAAUUCUUCUGCCAAAUUGUUUCGGAGGCUGGUGACGAGAAUGUGUUUUUCUCUCCUUUGAGCAUUUCCACCGCCUUUGCCUUCCUGUCCCUGGGAGCUAAAUCCACCACCCUGAGCCAGAUUUUGUCAGGACUUGGCUUCAACGAGACGGAGAUAAGCGAGCAGGAAAUCCAUGAUGGGUUUCGUCACCUUCUCCAAAUGCUAAACCUCCCCAGGGCUGAACUUGAGCUGAACAUUGGAAAUGCCCUUUUCACUCAUGACCAAGUGGAACUUGUGGAGAAGUUUGUGAAGGAUGCCAAACAUUGUUAUCAGGCAGAGGUUUUUCCUGCCAACUUCAAGAAUUCUUCUGAAGUUGAGAAGCAGAUCAAUAGUUACAUAGAAAAUAAAACCCAUAUAAAAGAUGCUAUCAAGGGUCUCCGCCCAUAUUCUGUGAUGGUUCUUGUAAACCAUGUCUUCUUGAAAGCCUAUUGGCAAAAUCCUUUCAAUUCUCAGGCAACCCGUGAAGCUCAUUUCUUCGUGGAUAAGAAGACAACGGUAAAGGUUCCUAUGAUGCACAAAGAUGCAUAUUUUAAGACUUACCGUGAUGCAGAUCUGUCCUGCGAGGUGGUGGAGCUUCCUUACAAGGGCGGUGCCUCGGCCCUCUUCAUCCUUCCUGGUCAAGGGAAAUUGAAACAUGUGGAACAGGCUCUGGGAAAAGACCUUCUGUUCAAAUGGAAGAACUCAUUGCAUGGAGGGAGAGUAGAACUAUUCCUUCCAAGGUUCUCAAUAUCUGGUAGCUAUGAUGUUAAGAAUGCAUUACAAAACAUGGGGAUCACUGAUGUAUUCGAAGACUGGGCAAAUUUAUCUGGAGUGACUCGGAAACCCUACCUGAAGGUUUCCAAGGCUAUUCACAAAGCUUACCUGAAUGUUCAUGAAAAUGGUACGGAAGCUGGAGCAGCCACCCUACAGGAAUGGGGGCCCCAAUCUCAACCCCCUAUAGUCAUAUUCAACAGGCCCUUCAUAAUCUUAAUCACUCUGAAGAAUUAUGUAUUAUUUCUAGGAGUAGUUCAAGAUCCUACCAAAAAUUAAUACCUCAAGGCAUGUUUUUGUUGCAUCACUGACCACGUAGCACUGCACUAAUGUAACUGUGUCUGAAAACGUGACCAAGGUGCCUUAUAGUUUGCACAAACUUUCCAUGUUAAUGGUCUGAGAGAAAUAAACCACUGCCAUCAUCACAAACAUAA